AUGGCAGCUCGGACUGACAGACAAUUGAAAGAAGAACUAGACAUCGAAAUGGUGGACUCGGUGUUUUGGACGGACAGCAUGGCAGUUCUUCAAUACAUACGAAACACUGAGAGACGCUUCCACACCUUCGUAGCCAACAGAGUGGCUACCAUAAGUGAAUACUCAAACAUCUGUCAAUGGCGCCACGUUAGGUCGACACUCAAUCCAGCAGAUGAUGCUAGCCGUGGAAUACUGGGAAGUGAACUGCAUAAUGAGUGUCGAUGGAUCCAAGGCCCCACAUUCCUCGCCUUGAAGGAAGAAGAUUGGCCACAGACAACACUAACAAUCCCAGAUAUUAUGGCUGAUGACCCGGAAGUGAAGAAAACUUCCAUAUGUUUGGCAACUACAGCAGCAGGAAGGGAUAGUGACAUCAUAAAGACAUUGUGGGCGCAGUACUCAUCAUGGUAUCGGUUACGGAAAACCGUUUGCAUGGCUCAGACGAUUCAUACAAUGGUGCGUAGCAAGAUCCAACAAGACUGCAUGUGA